UUUUCCUAUGAAUGCAUCACAUAUGCAUGCCAACUUUCUAAAGGAUGGUUUUACUGGAAAUGUUUUGAAGUUGAAAUUGUGGGCUGUGUGUAAAUCUACAACUGAGGCAGAUUAUAAAAGCCAUAUGGAGGAGUUAAAGGCAGAAAAUGAAAAAGCUGCUGAGUGGUUGGCUGUCAGAGAUCCUAGUCAUUAUUGUAAGACAUUUUUCAGCACUUUUCCAAAGUCUGAUAUGCUUUUGAAUAAUUUGUGUGAGUCAUGUAAUAGCACUAUCUUGAGUUUGAGGGACAAGCUUAUCCUAACCAUAGUUGAUAAGAUCAGGAUAUAUCUAAUGACUAGAAUGCAAAAGAAUAGAGACAAAAUGAAAACAUAUCAACAUAAGAUUUGUCCCAAAAUCAGAAAGUGUCUUGAAGAGACAAAGGAUAUGUCAGCUAGGUUUAGUACUUAUAAGUCACAUGAAAAUAUAUAUCAAGUUGAUGAUCAGAACUUCAAGACCUUCAAGGUGGAUUUAGCCCAAAGACAGUGCAGCUGUAGAGGAUGGGAUCUCACUGGCAUUCCUUGCAGUCAUGGUGUAGCAGCUAUAAGGAAACAAAGAGAAAGCCUUGAAGAUUAUUUGCAUCACUGUUAUAUAGUUGAGUAUUAUUUGAGAGCUUAUGAACCUGCAAUACUUCCCAUUCAAUCUUCAGAUUUAUGGGUUAAACCAGAUCUUCUAGCACCACUCCCCCCAAAGUAUAAGGCACAACCUGGUAGGCCAAAAAAAAAGAGAAAGAUAUACCCAGUUCAAGAGAGCAAGCAACAAACUAAACAAGUCAGAACAAAGAAAUUAGAGGAGGUGAAGAGAUGCAGAAUAUAUAGACUGACAGGGCAUAAUAAAACUACUUGCAAGGCUAAAAAUCCACAGGUAUCUGAAAUAGCUGAACAGAAUGAUGAAGUUGAAUAGAUUGAAGAAAUACCAGUUGAUGGGCAGUUUGAAGAAAUACCAGUUGAAACACAAGUGCCAUCAUUUGUACUUGAUGAAAUGGAGGUAAUGAGAUCUCAGCCAUCACAACCACUUCACAACCAGGUUCCACAAGAGUGUACAUUUAUUGCUUCACAAGUUUCAACUACAAGUGCUGAAAAUAUGCUGACAAGAGGAGGAAAAAAGUUUACAACUCUAUCUGGAAUUCAGAGAUUAGCCAGGAAAACUAAUUGCAAGUGACCCUAAGGGAAUAAAGAUGUAUUCAUUUUGUAGGUUGCUUGAUGUAUUUUGGUAUUUAGCAAAAUAAUGAAGUUGCUUGCUGUAUUUUGGUAUUCAGCAAAACAAUGAAGUUGCUUGCUGUA